AUGAGGAGGGAAAACCAUACCCAGGUGACUAAAUUCGUGUUAGUUGGAUUUUCUGCUUUCCCAGACCUGCAGGGAGUGUUAUUUGCGGUGUUCCUCCUCAUGUACCUCAUGACCCUGGCAGGAAAUUUGGCCAUCAUGACUGUGAUCUGGAUUGACAGGUGUCUGCACACCCCCAUGUACCUUUACCUGGGGGUUUUGUCCUUCUCCGAGACCUUCUACACCAUUAUCAUUAUCCCUAAGGCGCUGGUGAACCUGGUGGCAGAAAGCAAAACCAUCUCGCUCCCAGGAUGUGUCGCACAGAUGUUCUUCUUUCAUGGACUGGGGGGAACAAACUGCAUGAUUUUAACAGUGAUGGGCUAUGACCGAUAUCUAGCAAUAUGUCACCCCCUGCACUAUGGGAGCCUCAUGAGCCUGAACGUUUUUGUUAAGCUGGUGGUUGGGUCUUGGAUCAGUGGGUUCCUAGUGUCCCUAGUCCAGACCAUGCUGAUAUUUUGGUCUCCCUUCUGUGGCUCUAACGUGAUUAACCACUUCUUUUGCCACAUGAGGUCUGUGCUCAGGUUGGCCUGCACAGACAGCAAUAUCAUUGGGGUUGUCGUCUCCAUGAUCUCCAUGCUGGGCUUGUUGGGGAGCUUCCUGCUCAUAGUAGUAACAUACUUGCUCAUCCUGGGCACCAUCCUGCGGCUGCCAUCAGCCAGUGGAGAAAGGGAGAAAGCCUUCUCCACCUGCGCUGCCCACCUCACCGUGGUAGUCAUGCAUUUUGGCUUUGCCUUCAUUAUCUACCUCAAGCUCAGCCCACGUGACACACUAGAGGAGGACACACUGAUGUCUGUGCCCUACACCAUUCUCACACCAUUCCUGAGCCCCAUGAUCUUUACCCUGAGGAACAAGGAAAUGAAAAUUGCCCUGAGGAAAGCAUUUAGCAAAAGAAUAUUCUCUUAG